CAGCGGGAGCUGCCCCCCGAAGAGUCCCGGAGACGGCUGGGGCUCCUGGUGGAUCUGAUGGACUCGGACAGCUCCGGGGGGGUCUCUGCGGAGGAGCUGCGGGCCUGGAUCCUCCGGAGGCACCGCGGAUCCCGGGAGGAAUCGCUGAGGAUCGAGAGAUCCCGCCUGGAUCUGGACGGCGACGGCGCCGUGGGCUGGGACGAGCUGCAGCGGGAAAGCUUCGGAGACGGAGGUGGGAAAUCCGGGAAUUCCGGGAAUUCCGGGAAUUCGGGAGUGGGGGAGGG